UCGCCCCGGCGCUUUCCCGCUAUAAAGGCAGCGGGCCCGGCUAGCGCUCCACCACGCCUCCUCGAAGCUCUUUCAAUCCUGCGUGCAACUGUCUGCGGACUCCAGCCACCUUCUCAACUCGCGAUGGACCCCAACUGCUCCUGCGCGACCGGUGGAUCCUGCAACUGCGCCGGCUCCUGCAAAUGCAAAGAGUGCAAGUGCACCUCCUGCAAAAAGAGCUGCUGCUCCUGCUGCCCCGCGGGCUGUGCCAAGUGCGCCCAGGGCUGCGUCUGCAAAGGGGCUUCUGACAAGUGCAGCUGCUGCGCCUGAUGUGGGGACUGCCCUGCUCCCAGAUGUAAAUAGAACCACGUGUACAAGCCUGGAUUUCUUUUUUUUUUUUCCUAUACAACCCUGACCCAUUUGUUAUAUUCCUUUUUCUACGAAAUAUGUGAAUGCAAUAAAAGUCGUUGACUAGACUCUA